AGCUCUUGAGCGCCUCCCGCCUUUGGCUUCCCUUCCCUUCCUUCGUUGUUCUAUUCCCAUCCACUUCUCUCAUCAUCAUUUGAAGUUUUCUACAGUAGAUCACCCUAACACAAAAAAUUCACUUCUAGUAAUCCUUUCGCUCACCUCCCGAUUAUCAAUCUUUUUCUUCUCUCAACUCUUCGCAACGUUCUAGCUUCUUACUCUUACUGACCUUACGCCUCCACUUAGUAUCUUAAUCAAUCAUCAUGGGUAAAGAAAAAGGUCACGUUAACAUUGUCGUCAUCGGACACGUCGAUUCCGGUAAAUCCACAACUACCGGACAUCUUAUCUACAAAUGUGGUGGUAUCGACAAGCGAACUAUCGAGAAGUUCGAGAAAGAAGCUGCUGAGCUCGGUAAGGGUUCCUUCAAAUAUGCCUGGGUACUUGACAAGCUCAAAGCCGAGCGAGAACGUGGUAUCACCAUCGAUAUUGCUCUCUGGAAAUUCGAGACUCCCAAAUACUUCGUUACCGUCAUUGAUGCCCCAGGACAUCGUGAUUUCAUCAAAAACAUGAUCACUGGAACUUCCCAGGCCGAUUGCGCUAUCUUGAUCAUUGCUUCCGGUGUCGGUGAAUUCGAAGCCGGUAUCUCAAAGGAUGGUCAAACUCGUGAACACGCUCUCCUUGCCUUCACUCUCGGUGUCCGUCAACUUAUCGUGGCCAUCAACAAGAUGGACACCUGCAAGUGGUCCGAGCAGAGAUACGAGGAAAUUGUCAAGGAAACCUCCAACUUCGUCAAGAAGGUCGGAUUCAACCCCAAGACUAUCCCCUUCGUCCCAAUCUCCGGAUGGCACGGUGACAACAUGUUGGAGGAAUCCACCAACAUGUCAUGGUUCAAGGGAUGGGAGAAGGCCACUUCCACUGGUGGCUCCGCCAAGGGUAAAACCUUGCUCGAGGCCAUUGAUGCCAUCGAACCCCCAAAACGUCCUACAGACAAGCCCCUCCGAUUACCCCUCCAAGAUGUCUACAAGAUUGGAGGUAUUGGUACGGUACCUGUCGGACGAGUCGAGACCGGAACCAUCAAGCCCGGUAUGGUUGUCGUCUUUGCCCCUGCUAACGUGACCACUGAAGUCAAGUCCGUCGAAAUGCACCACGAGCAACUUGACGCUGGUGUGCCUGGUGACAACGUUGGUUUCAACGUAAAGAACGUCUCCGUUAAGGAUAUCCGUCGUGGUAACGUCUGUGGUGACACCAAGAACGAUCCCCCUAAGGAAGCUGCCUCCUUCGUUGCCCAAGUCAUUGUUCUCAACCACCCUGGUCAAAUCGGUGCCGGUUACGCACCCGUCCUCGAUUGCCACACUGCUCACAUCGCCUGCAAGUUCGACACCCUCCAAGAAAAGAUUGACCGACGUACCGGUAAAUCCAUUGAAAGCACCCCUAAAUUCGUCAAGUCCGGUGACGCUGCUCUCGUCAAGAUGGUUCCCUCCAAGCCUCUUUGUGUUGAAGCCUUCUCUGACUACCCACCUCUUGGUCGAUUUGCCGUCCGUGACAUGAGACAAACUGUCGCUGUCGGUGUCAUCAAGUCAGUUGAAAAGACCGACGGCAAGGCCGGUAAGGUCACCAAAGCUGCUAUCAAGGCUGGUGCCAAGAAGUAGUUACGCUCGGUAGCUGCACGAGUAGUGUGGUUCUCACCGACAGCCGUUAUGGGGUCGGAUAACGUCUGGAAAAAGAUGAUCCAUCAGAUGGGUAGAAGUAUCCGAGGUUGGAGGUUUUAUCACCGUCAUUUUCGGAUACGAAAGCUUUUCUUCGUUACCUUUGUUUCUCCACUUUUUCUCACCUUCUCUCACAAUCGACGUUGUCAAGAUUCCGAUAAUUGUGCUUUCUACGUGAAUUCUACUAGAUUCUACUCUUCCUUUGCUCCUACUGUUUCUCCAAUGUUGUAAUCUUCUAUGUGGUUGUUGCCUUCUCUCUUUGAGGACCUUAAUCAAAUAGCUCGCUUUACAUGUUUCCAACUAUCACGCCCACAAUGAAAACCAGAGCCUACGGCUUGCUAUUACUCACGA